GAGCGACCGAGUUCAUUUCCCGAGUCAUGAACCCAAACAUCCUCCUUCUCUCUUCACCUCUCUAUGGAACCAAACGUACCCACCAACUCAAGUCGCCCGGCUCACUACCCUUGAAUCGGUCCCGACUCGCCUGCCAUGCUCAAAGGCAAGCUCAAGCUUCCGCUCCCAGAGAAAGCCCGCCGGGUCUUCCCUGACCGGCUUGGCAGCUUGGUCGCUGGCUUCGAUGACAAAGAAGAAGAUAAUGGGGGCUCCGAUAUAGCAUUUGAGCCUGGAGAAGAGCUCGAGACCUUUCAACCCAACGGCUUUGGAUCUGAUAGAGCGAGUGAUGAUGACAAGAAAUUUCAAGAAGAAUUAGAAAUAAAAGUCCGGCCAAGGCCCGAUAAAGAUGGGGCAGGCCCGGCAUCGGUGUCACGAGUCAUUGCGGCCGACGAGAAAAGAUCAGAUCUUGAAUAUGAGCUUUCUCGGCCGGAGAUAAAUUUGGAAAAGUUACAACGAAUUGCUAGUACAGGGCUUCCUGAUGGAGGACGUUUGCGCGCAAUGGCUUGGAAGCUGCUCCUAGGCUACUUACCUCCUUCUCGUGACCUAUGGGAAAAGGAGUUGACUGAAAAUCGAAAGAAGUAUGCUAAUCUAAAAGAGGAGCUUCUCCAAAGUCCUUCAGAAUUCACAAAAAGAAAAGAUGGAACCUUUAGUUCCGACGAACAGCAUGUUGACAGUGAUAUGGAUGGGCCUCUACAGCGACAAGGAAUUUCUCAAGAAGACCAUCCUUUAAGCCUUGGUAAAGCAAGUGUCUGGCAUGAAUACUUUCAGCAUACAGAGAUUGUAGAACAGAUUGAUCGUGAUUUGCAACGCACACACCCAGAUAUGAAAUUCUUCUCAGGGGACUCAUCAUUUAGUAGGAAAAAUAAAGAAGCAAUGAGAAAUAUUCUUAUCCUGUUUGCAAAACUAAAUCCAGCAAUUCGUUAUGUGCAAGGCAUGAAUGAGGUCUUGGCACCGAUAUACUUUGUGUUUACUACUGACACUGAUGAGCAAAAUGCUGGAAAUGUAGAAGCAGAUAGUUUUUCUUGCUUUGUCAGGCUAUUAAGCGACUCAGUGGAUCACUUUUGUCAACAAUUGGAUAAUAGUGCAGUUGGUAUACUUUCCACUCUUUCCCGCUUAUCAGAGUUAUUAAAAGCCAACGAUGAGGAAUUGUGGUGGCAUCUUGAGUUCACAUCCAAGGUGAGGCCACAAUUCUAUGCAUUCAGGUGGAUUACAUUGCUACUCACUCAAGAAUUCAAUUUUCAAGUCAUCUUAAGAAUUUGGGAUUCUCUUUUGGGUAAUCCUUUUGGUGUUCAGGACAUGCUCCUACGAGUUUGUUGUGCAAUGCUGCUAUGUGUUAAGAGCAGGCUACUGAGCGGUGAUUUUGUGGCUAACUUGAAGCUUUUACAGCACUACCCUGAUAUAAACAUUGAAUAUCUUCUCCAGGUAGCUCAGGAUCUCAGUCCAGACACAUCUUCUUUUCGCUUAUCUCCAUAGAUCAUCACAAUUGUGCUUCUGUAUAGAAUGUAUCUUUUGACAUAAUUUUGUAACAACAUACCGGAUCUACAUUAUCAGUUGAGUUAUUUCUAAUGCAUAAUCACUUUUUC